UGUUGGUUUUCUUCGCAGGUUGCUACCGUGACAGAAUAUGGGGCGUUUAUAAAAAUCCCAGGCUGCAGGAAACAAGGUCUCGUUCAUAAGACUCACAUGUCCUCCUGCCGCGUGGAUAAGCCCUCCGAGUUGGUGGAUGUUGGAGAUAAAGUGUGGGUGAAGCUGAUUGGAAAGGAGAUGAAGGAUGACAAACUGAAACUCUCCCUCUCCAUGAAGGUCGUUAACCAAGGCACGGGAAAAGACCUCGACCCGAACAAUGUUUCCCUUGAUCAGGAUGAGAGGAAGAAACGCACGUUCAGAGACUACACGAGUCAGAAGAUCACGCUGGAAGCUGUCCUGAACACCGUGUGCAAGAAGUGUGGUUGCAAAGGUCAUUUUGCCAAGGAGUGUUUCAUGCAGCCUGGAGGUACCAAAUACAGCCUCAUUCCAGAAGAGGAGGAAGAAGAGGUGGCAGCAGCAGGAUGUGAAAGAGAUAAAAAGAGCAACGUGGCUGAUGAUUCUUCAAAAAAAAGGAAAAAGGAGAAGAAGAAGAAAAAGAAGCACAGGAAUAAGCAAUCCUCCGAGUCGGACUCGGACAGCUCCGACUCGGACAGCAACGGGGCUCAGCCAGCCAGCAAGAGGACCAAGCGUUCGGGGAAGCCCAGCAAAGCUAAGAAGAAGAAGAAGAAGAAGCAUAAGAAGCAGCCCCGGGAUUGAGCUGGCAGGUGGGCAGGGGCACCGGCACUGC